AUGAAAUUCGCAAAUGGGAGUGGAAAAUUAGAAGUGUGCAUUCGUGAGGAAGAAAAGAAAGAUAUGGAAGGGGCGGCUGAUGAACCAGUUAGUGUACAAAUCAUUCAGUAUGAUCACGAGCCACGUUCACGAAAUCGGUCAUCCGAAGAGACGGAAUACACCUUUCUUCAACGGCCACAACAAUUAUUUAACUCCGAAACGACAUGCUUGUCAGAAAAGGAUGACAGCAAGGACAUUUUCCAACCAGUACUCGCUGAAAAUGAAAACCCUUCCAUGGUCGUCAAAGCCACUGUUUGUGUUAUCGCCUCCAUUAUUAUGGUUAUUUGCUUGUGUUUUCUUUUCGCAUAA